GUGGCUACGGGCUACUCGCUACCACAACACAAAAAUCGAAUAUUGAUAUUGCCAUUGCCCACCCUUCGUCUACAUCACCAGUUACCUCGUCAAGUAGCCAUCGCCAUCCAUCAUGGAUGUCAUCACCUCCUUCUCAAUCGACUCUCUACCAAAAGUCGCAACUGGCAAGGUUCGCGAACUCUACAAUGUCGACGACAAAACACUUCUUUUUGUCGCAUCCGACAGGAUCUCCGCAUACGAUGUGAUUAUGGAGAAUGUAAGAAAAGCAACCCUUGGAUUCAAAGCUACCUCCUCCACUCCUUCGAGUUUGUCAAUUAUCUACCAGCUUAGCUGACUUAUCUUUACCAGGGAAUUCCCGCGAAGGGUGCCCUUCUGAACCUCCUCUCGGCUCACUGGUUCCAUGUCCUCCCUACUCUUGUCCCAGGUCUUCGAACACAUUUCCUGACCCUCUCCCUUCCCUCUAUGAUACCGGACUCCCAAACCGUCAUACUUCGUAAUCGCUCAAUGCAAGUCCGCCGUCUAAAGAUAUUUCCCAUUGAAGCCAUUGUUCGUGGUUACAUCACAGGCUCGGCAUGGAAGGAAUACCAGCGCUCAGGCACCGUUCAUACUAUUCCAAUGGUUCCUGGGCUUCGAGAAUCAGAACCCUUUCCAGGAGGUGCUCUUUAUACGCCAAGUACAAAAGCAGAAGCCGGACAGAAUGAUGAAAACAUUUCCCCAGCUGAAGCAGCAAAGAUCGUUGGUACAAAGUAUGCCGAGAAGAUUGAAAAGCUUGCUAUUGCUCUUUACAGUGCGGCCCGAGAGUAUGCAAAGGAGCGCGGUAUUAUCAUCGCAGACACCAAGUUUGAAUUUGGGCUCGAUGAGGAAGCGGAUGAGAUUGUCCUAGUGGAUGAGGUAUUGACCCCCGAUUCGAGUCGUUUUUGGCCAGCAGACAAAUAUGGAAUUGGAAGGGAGCAAGAGAGCUUCGACAAACAAUACUUGCGGGAUUGGUUGGUUAAAGAAGGCUUGAAGGGCAAGCAAAGCGUCGUUAUGCCCGACGAGGUUGUGAAAAAUACCGCCGAGAAGUAUCGAGAGGCUUUUGAAAAGUUGACUGGGAAGAAUUGCGAUGAUGUUAUUCAUAACAGAAUAUAA